UCAAUCAAAAUCAAAACAGUUUUUUGGCGUCCUUCGGUAAAAUAAAAUCAACUUUUUAGCCCAAAAACCUUUAAAUCCGCUAAAGUUUGACUGUAAACCAUGAACGAUUCUGUGAAGCAAUCAAUUGAAAUCAAAAUUGAGAAGCAGGAUGACCACCGGUCUGCUCACCAUCAUCCUUCGUCUACGUCGCCAGCAGCUGGAGGAGGUUCCCAGGAAGCUACUCGUCAGGACAGCAUUGAGAGAAUUUUGCAGCGAAAGCAAAAGGUAUACCAGCUACCGCGUAACCAGAAGCUAACCAAGUUGUCGAUGUACUCGGCCUGUCAAGGGACCGAAUGUCGCUGUACUGGAUGGAAAACCCCGGAAGAAAACCGCCACAAAGAUGUGGAGGUUGACUAUUGUCCAAACUUCAAAGAGGAAUGUCGCAAUCCGAACUGCAAACACAGUCUAGAAGCGCACAUCUCCCACCUUGGAGAAAUUAAUGAUGACCAAAUCAACGAACUUUUGGGGGCGAUCGUGGAUGUGGAGAAUUUGUACAUGAGUAUGCUACGAGAAACUGAUACGGACACAAAGAAGGUUUAUGCGUAUUUAUUCCGGCUGCUGAGACAAUGUAUCCUUACGAGAUCCCAAGCUGUCAUUCGUGGUCCUUUGGGAGAUCCCCCGUUUGAGCAUCCUUCAAUUUCGAAAGCGGUGACCAAUUUUGUCCUGCAUAAAUACAGUCAUCUGAACCCUGGAGAAUUGGAAACGAUGACAGAGGUGGCAAAAACAUUUUUGCAUUGUUUAAAUCACUGGAACUUCGAAGCUCCAAGCGCUAGAAAAGAUCUAAGCCACGAAGAUGCGUCCAAUUACAAAAUAAACUAUACAAGAUGGCUGGUAUUUUGUCACGUGCCGGCUUUUUGUAGCUCGUUACGACAUUUUGAAACUUCUAUCGUUUUCGGACGGAAUCUCUUGAAAGCGGUCUAUCAGUACGUAUAUCAGCAGUUGCUCACCAAAUGUAAAACGGAAAGGGAUCGUAUGCCUCCAGAGAAACGCAACAUGCUGGCUCAACUACCGAAAUUUCUGGAAGCUCUCAAGCACGAAGUGCUCAACGAUGAUUCACAGAUCUGGGAUCCAAAUUUUAAACCCACAGCAUCGAUAAUGUUGCAAAAAUCAAAACGACAACAUGAAGCCGCAGUGUCAUCUAGCAGCAAAAAGUCAAGCGAUCCCAAACGUUUCAAAAAAGAUCCAGAAUGUGAGGAUUUGCCCGAUGAAGUAGUUGUCAGAGCGUUGAAAAGAAUCAAUGAUUCCAACUAUACGAGCCGUACGGAUGUCGUUUUUCCACCAUUGCAAGCACCGAGAGACGAGGCCGCCAAGGCUGAGGAAAGUCGCCGCGAGAUAGAAUUCCACGUUGUUGGCAAUUCGCUAACCAAGCCAGUUACCAAAGAAUCGAUGCUGUGGCUGUUGGGGUUGCACAGCGUUUUUGCUCAUCAGCUGCCGGGAAUGCCACGGGAAUACAUCAGUCAAUUGGUCUUUGAUCCUAAACACAAAACUCUAGCUCUGGUCAAGGAUGGUCGUCCAAUCGGAGGAAUUUGUUUCCGAACCUUUGCAACCCAAGGUUUUACGGAAAUUGUAUUUUGUGCCGUCACAAGCAGUGAGCAGGUGAAGGGCUAUGGUACUCAUCUGAUGAAUCACCUAAAAGACUACAGCACUCAACGGGGAAUCAAACAUUUCCUGACCUACGCUGAUGAGUUCGCCAUCGGGUACUUCAAGAAGCAAGGUUUCUCUAAAGAUAUCAAAGUAUCCCGACAUGUGUAUGCAGGCUACAUCAAGGAAUACGAAGGCGCUACUCUUAUGCACUGUGAAUUGCAUCCCAGCUUAAUUUACACCCACUUUAGCUCAGUUAUCAGGAAACAGAAAGAAAUCCUGAAAGAGUUGAUCGCUCAACGUCAACAGGAAGUUCAGAAAGUUCAUCCCGGAUUGACCUGCUUCAAAGAAGGGUUGCGAAGCAUCCCGAUAGAAUCAAUUCCAGGACUUCGAGAGGUUGGUUGGAGGCCACAAUUUCGCACGCAACGCACUUCACGCCCCCUCGAAGAAUCUGCCGACCCGGAUAAGCUGGCCAAUUCGUUGAGUGGUGUACUUCAAUCUGUUCGUCAGCAUUCAUCAGCUUGGCCCUUCCUGAAACCGGUCAAUCCGGCCGAAGUACCCGACUAUUACGACCACAUUAAAUAUCCGAUGGAUUUGAAAACUAUGGGAGAGCGAUUGAAGAACAAGUAUUACGUAUCGCGUCGCCUCUUCAUGGCCGAUAUGGCGCGCAUAUUCACAAAUUGUCGGUUAUAUAACUCACCGGAGACGGAAUACUUUCGCUGUGCCAACACUCUCGAGCGCUAUUUCCAAACCAAGAUGAAAGAGAUAGGCCUGUGGGAUAAAUGAUGUCUGCCUUUCAAGGCAGAAGAACUGGGGAGAAGUUCAGAUCCUGAUGACGACGAUGAUGCUAACAAUGGCGGUAACGGUACGGAUGACGUAAUGGGAAAAGGCAAUGGCAAACGGCACCACAUGGAUUCCACUCAACACACCCAUCGUAAAACGACUUACGGCUCAAAAACUCGGGCGAUCCCUGCAGGUUUCGUGGAGUCAACUGGUGUUGUCCCGGUAGGAGAACAAGUGGAUAAGAUUGACGUCUUGCUGAAUGAUAAAUUGCACAAUAUGGUAAAUUUAUAGGUAAACCAUCUAUAAGUUACAAAACAAAUGGAUAACAAUUAUUAAAAAGUGGUGUUUAAUCAAACAUUUAUCCAGAAUAUUAAAUCAAUUUAGGUGUUAAUUAUGAUGCUCUGAAUAAAUCAUAUCUCCAUCGAA